UCCGAUCCGACCCCAGGACGGGCUCCUUCCUUUCCUGGAGGCGAGAAGAGCCUGCUUAAUUACAAAGCACCGACGUCCAGAGGAGCAGCGCCAGCCCCGCAGUGAAGGCAGCCACCCGAGUCGAGGAGCGACUCAGGCGCAGCACCGGCUUCGGGGCGCGGCUGCACCUGUCCCAAGCCCGGCCCUUCUCUUCGGCUCCUCUGCAGAGCUUCCCUCUCCUCUGCAGAGCUGCACCUGGCUUUUGCUUACGAUCCGGAGGGAGGAUGGCCGGGCUGAAAGGCAGCCUCUUGGGCUCUCAACUCGUGGCUCGGUUCCAGCGCCACUGCGGGCUCUUCCUGCGAGGCGAGAAGGACCACCAAGCGGUGGGGAACGGCAGCCGGCCCCCAACUCUGCGGGAUGUUCACAACGGGCAGCGCCCGGGCUUCAGUCUGCCGGCUGACUGCGCCACCUGCAACGGCAGCCCCAGGGACGGCUGGAAGGACUGUUCACAAGAUUAUGUUGUAACAAAUUAUUUCUACUACUACCUGUUCAAAAUUUCUGCUGCAAUGGGCCAGGAAGUUUUCUACAUCACGUUUCUUCCAUGCACUUACUGGAUCAUAAAUGCCUACGUUGCACGGAGACUGAUAAUUAUGUGGUCGGUAGUCAUGUAUAUUGGUCAAGUCAUGAAAGACCUUCUGAAGUGGCCUCGUCCUCGGUCACCACCUGUUGUCAAGCUAGAAAAGAAGACUAAUGCAGAAUAUGGAAUGCCAUCCACACAUGCAAUGGCAGCCACUGUCAUCUCUUUCACUUUUGUAUCUGUGACUGCAAACCAGUACAAGUAUCCACUUGAACUUGGACUGUUGGGAGCCUUCUUAUUUUCAUCUCUGGUAGGCCUCAGCAGAAUUUACACAGGAAUGCACACAGUGCUCGACGUCAUUGUCGGCAGUCUAAUUUCCUUAUUUUUGACUGCUAUUGCCUGUCCUACCUGGGAUACUGUGGAUCACUUGAUGCUCACCAGCCCUUUCUGUCCAGCAUUCUGCAUCAUUGUGCCCCUCUUCUUGUGCUACAAUUAUCCUAAACUAGAUUAUUACAGUCCAACUAGAGCAGAUACUACCACUAUUCUAGGAGCUUCUGCAGGAGCCAUUAUCGGGUUUUGGGCAAAUAAUCACUAUGAUUCAAAUGCUGCAUCUAAAGAUGUCACUUACAGUGUUUCUUCCAUCACUAGUGAAAUUAUCUUGUUAGUGCUUGCAAAAGUUGUAGUGGGGAUUGGUGUUUUAAUGAUGACACGGCAGAUUGCCAAAACUAUUGUUCGUAAAUCAUUAUGUUCUUGGCACAAGGUUUCUAACAGUGAUGUUGUAGCUAUGCAGCAAAUAAAAAUUGAAGUGCCCUAUAAAUUUAUCACCUAUUCUUCUAUUGGUCUAAGUGCUACAAUGUUUGUGCCACUAAUAUAUACAUUUUUUGGUUUAAAUUAAAUACCGUAUUUUUCAGAAUAUAAGACACACCCUUUUCCCUCAAAAAGA